AACCACACCACACCCCGCCCCCCCGACAGGCAAGGGGAGGAGAGUGCGGGGGAAACCCUGUCCCGUGGCAGCUCCGCACGAAAAGACUCGAGUGCUCGCGCCGAGCCUGCAGAGCAGCAAGCUCCGGGCGCCGGAGAGGCUCGUGUAGCUCUCCCGAGUCUGCGCUGCGCUGCGCUCUGGGCGCCCCGGCAGAGAUGGGAGACCAAAGCACAGAGAGGCUUUGGACCUGAGCAGAGCCACAAGUCAAUGGCAAAACUGGAAAUAGAACUAUUGUGAUCAAGCUGGAGUUCUUCACUUCAAUCCGGUGCUCAAGAUGCUAGACUAUGUUUACUACCCAUGGUUCUCUAUAAAACAAGUACACAUUAAUUAAUCAAUAUUCUGAGAAGGAUCAUCAUCAUGAGCUCCAUGGAAGAAGUGGAAACUGAAGAGACAGUAACUUGUCUCCAUAUAACUUUGUACCAUCCUUGCCAAGAAGAAAAGCAGGUGUUUCGCAGCUUAAAAUUCCGCAAGCGAGAACGGUGCAGGGUAGAUGAAGUGGCAAAGUUUGGCCGAGAUUCUAACAUCUGCCAUUAUAAUUUAAUGGAUACCCGUGUUUCCCGGGUUCAGUUUACCCUGCAGUUUUUCAGGCAACUCAACAGCUCAGAACUUGGUUUUGAGAUAAAGAACGUGAGCAAAAAGACCAAGCUAAUUGUGGACAAUGUGGAACUGGACUACCUAAACAAAAUUGACCUGCCAUGGAAAUGCAUCAUUCGCUUUGGAGACUACCAACUCUUAAUGCAAAGACAAGAUGGGGAAUCCGUGGAUUAUUUUGAGACUUGCUUUGAGUUGGCCCAAGCUUCACUUUUGCAAGAGAGACACCUGCCUUCACUGCAGCCCAUACCCGAGUGUGGCAUUUCUCCUUCUUUGGUCUAUUCCCAAGGAGUAAGACCAGUAGAGAUGGAUGAAAAUGAUUUGUGAUAGAAGGGAGAAGGUUGCUUUCAACAGUGUGCAAUACCUAAUUCAGUAUAACUUCAGGGGACCAAAUCUUAUCUCCUCAGUGCACUGCAUUUAUUUUGCUUUCCAUAGUUGCCACUGCUGUGUUAUGUAUUCUUCCUCUUGCACACUCUGUUUAAACAUAUCAGAACUUAUUCAUUUACAAAUGUCAUUAGACCUGCAUCAUCUUUACUUAGUGUCCAUCCUGUCUCCUCCCCUCCAUUGUCUUAUCACCUUCUAUGUUUGUCUGUGGUAAACCCCAAUCAGAGUUAGUGGAUCUUUGCAUGGGCCUAAAGGCUCAUGGUAGCAGAUCCAACUGUAGGACUGGGGCCAUAGAGCAUAAGCUCUUUCAGACAGGGUCUACCUGCCCUAUAGUGCUGCUAUUUGGCCAGGUGUCCUGUCAGUGCUCCCUGCCUCACUUUCCCCCAACUGUAGGACUGGGGCCAUAGAGUAUAAGCUCUUUCAGUAAGGGUCUACCUGCCCUAUAGUGCUGCUAUUUGGCCAGGUGUCCUGUCAGUGCUCCCUGCCUCACUUUCCCCAAGUGGGCUAUCAGUAAGUUAAAUGAGGCUUUAUUUAGGGAAUAGCAUCCCUCUGAGGGGUCUAGUUUAUUAACCAGAGCCUCAAUGAGAAUGCAUCCAAAACUUCACUCCAGCGUCUUAGCUGGGAGACAGUCAAUCUUAAUUUAUCCAUCCCACCUGAGUCCACCAGUCCACUCCAGCAGCUCUCUCAGUGGCAAGAAGCCUGAACCAUCUGGUAAGAAUUCUUUCCCCAGACUCAGAUCUGUCACCUGUAGCUCUUCUCUGUAGCAGCAUGUAGUUUCUGACAGAUACAGGGAAUGGCCAGGCUAAGAGUGCAUCUUCUAGGCUCCUGGCUCUGGUAAGGUCUACUUAGGGGGCUUCCUGUCUCCAGGAACCCCUUCCUGGACUUGUUGCUCUGGUGAACUUCCUGGCUCUAGAAACCACCUCAGCUGAGGACUGGUGUCCCUUUGGCAGGGUCAUUAGCUAAUCAGUUGUCAACUAGGUGCAUAGGGAUUUCAUUACCUCCAGGUGGCUGAGUUGGCUUGUUCUCCCUUUCAGGAGCUUAUCCCGGGUAGGCUGGUCUCUGACUCUCCUGAAAGGGCCAGCCCCAGAAACACAGGGUGGGUCAGUCUCUCUCUCUCUCUCUCGUAUGUAUGUAUAUGUUUAAUUUUCUCUGUCAAACAUGGUGCAAAAUCCUGGCUUUAUAAAUAAACCACAAGUGGCCAGGAUUAAUAUACAAAUUUGUUAUAUUGCAUUAUUAACUUUGAUACUGAAGUGCAAUCUGUAUUCAGACUGAGAUCCAUUUUCAACACUAACUUUGAUGUUAGGGUUGAAAAUGAAACUCAAACUUUUUUUAUUCAUAUUUUGUGAAAAUGGAGCUAUUUAGUUGGUAUAUUUAACCUCACAAACAAUUUCUUCUAAUCCUAAAGUGAGCAGAAUGUGCUAUAAUAAAAAUGCUGUUAUCUUCAAAAAUGUGAGUGUAAAUAAAACAAUGUGAAUGUCCAGUUGAGGUUUUAUUAAAAAUGCUUGCAUGCCUUUUGUCCUCUUGUGUGGUUAUAGCUUGUAAGCACAACUAUAUGAGGGAAAAUUAUUCUGAGAUCAAGCUUUACUGCCAAUCGUUCAGCAUCAAAAGAACUGUUUCACAGUUGGUGAUGAGCAUUGCUUCAAGAUCAUGCUAUCAGAGAAAGAGUACCUGCAAUAAUUCCAUCUGGAGACCUACAACAACAUUAGUCACAUAGAUAUGCAUUUUAAAAUUUUAAUUCACCCAGAGUGUGUAAUCCCCUGCACAACAGCCGCUUAUCCCACAAACUUCAGGGCUCUGGCUCUACUUAUUUCAAUUCAGUUCUGGCCCUGAGGGCUGCCUUAAGUUGCUCCCCUGCUGUCACAAACUCUGGGUCUCCUUAGGAGCACAGAACUGCCAAAGCACAGGCCUCUCCCAGCCACAUCCCAGUCCCCUCCCUCUGUAUCC